AUACAUCUCUGAAGCUCGCAAUAACAAUGGCCCUUCUCCGAUCAAAGCUCCUCCAAAAACUUCCUCCUCCUCCUCCUCCUCCUCCUCUUCAUCAUCCAUCUGCUUCUCCAUCUUCGCAAUCCACGUCUCAAAAAUGGAAGCGAAAGGCGAAGGAUCGAAAACAAGAGCUUCUCAGGCUCAAAGAAGACCUCAAGCAAGCUGAAGACAAUUCACAAUGCGACUUGUUUCCGCAAAGUGCGUCUUGUGUAUGCUAUUUCUUCGAUAAAUUGGGGGAAUUGAACCCUAAUCGGUUUUUAGAUAGCUCUGAUCGGAGAUUUAAUGACGUUUUGCGUCGGAGAUUUCUCAGACAAGUGAGGUUGAAUGAAAGAAGAAGGAGAAGAGAGAGUUCAACACAGCGACAUUGUUUUUCUGGCUGUAACAGUGAAGAUGAAACCGAGCAGCUUAGGGCCUCAGUUGAUUUUCUUGUGGAGCUCUGUGAAUCUGUUUGUCCUGACAAAGUUGAGGAGAUGAAUUUUGCAAAGUGGUCACACCAAGCUGUGGACUUCAUUUUAGCUGCGUUAAAGAAUAUAUUGCCAAAGAGAAAGAACACAGAACUUCUUGAAGGAAUAAUCAGCAGCUUAAUUGUGCGUCUGGUGAGAAUAAUGUGCACUACAUCACAAGGAGAUGAAUUACAUCACUGUGACACUGGUGCCCAGUUCUAUGUUCAGCACUUGAUUCGUAAGCUUGGAAGUGAGCCCUAUAUCGGACAGCGCGUGAUACUUUCUGUUUCUGAAGGAAUUUCUGUGCUGGCAGAAAGUUUGCUUUUCAUGGAUCCAUUUGAUGAUUCUUUUCCUAGCAUGCAUGAUUGUAUGUACAGGAUGAUCCAGCUGAUUGAGUUUCUUGUAUUGGACUACUUACUGUCUUGGUCAAGCAGUGAAGUUUUUGACAUCAUGCUGUUUGAAGAGUGGGUAGCAUCAGCUCUAUACAUGGAUCGGGUAAUUGGGGUUUUGGCAAAACAAACGGUUCAGUUUUCAUCACUCCAGAAGCUCAACCCGGAAAUUCUUGCUAAGCUGUUCAGUUGAUCACAUCUUAGGACAAUAUUCACUGUACAGCAUACUGCUCAGCAAUGUAAGGUAACCUGUCGAGUAUACACUGACGCUUUGUUACUUUGAUUGUUUGGACGGUGUUGACACCAUAUUUUAAUUCUGACUAUUGUGUUUUGUUGAUUGUAGCCAAAUUUAUUUUAGUUGAUUAUGGCCUUAUCAAUUAUGGUCUAUUGAUUCAGACCAUAAACCAUCUUUGAAAAUAAUCUUAACCACAUUUGUUUUUAUUA